UUAUACUCGAAGAAUAAUAGAAGAUCGCAAGAAACUAAAAUGUGCAGCUGAAGCCAACUUCAAAAUUGGCGAUUUCGCAGAAGCAACCUAGAUUCCCAUCGAUUUGAGCUUCGGGGGCUGUUGACUCUUCUAAAGAAGCUGGCUGAUCUGUUAUAUUGGUUGGUUGUCAUCAUGAUCUUACUCAAGUACAUAAAAUAAGCCCCUCUGGGCAUUUCUGAUUUCACACAUCUAGGCAGAAUCACUUUUUACAAUGUCUAUUUUAUCAAAGUUACGCUGUAUUACAAUAGAUGUUACUGGUACGCUCAUAGCUUACAAAGGGGAGCUUGGUGACUACUAUUGUAUGGCAGCCAAAUCUGUUGGGUUGCCAUGUCCUGAUUACAAACGUGUGCACGAGGGUUUUAAGCUUGCAUACUCAGAUGUGGCAAAAAAGUAUCCAUGUUUUGGUUAUGGAGCCAAAAUACCCAACAUUGUCUGGUGGAAGACUUGUGUGAGAGAUUCCUUUAUCAGGGCAGGAUAUGAUUACGAUGAGGAGACAUUUGACAAGGUGUUUAGACGAAUAUACGCAUCCUUUGGUUCAUCGGCACCUUAUUCUGUCUUUCCAGAUUCCCAGCCAUUUUUACAAUGGCUUCGUAAAAAAGGUGUAACAGUUGGGAUUGUCAGCAAUGCAGAGUACCGUUAUCAGGAUGUUAUUCUUCCAGCGUUGGAUUUAAAUCAGGGAUCUGAGUGGGAUUUUGGCGUGUUCUCUGGUCUAGAGGGUGUAGAAAAGCCGGAUCCGAGGAUAUAUGAGAUUGCCUUGGAGAGGGCUGGAAAUAUUGCUCCGGAGGAAGCUCUGCACAUUGGAGACAGCAUGCGCAAAGACUAUUUGCCAGCAAAGAGUGUGGGGAUGCAUGCAUUGUUGUUGGAUAGAUUUAAGACACCUGAUGCUGAGAAUUGGAGAAAAUCUGGUGCAACUGUGCUCCCUGACUUGGUGGCUGCACAAGAAUGGCUUACCUCAGAAAAAUUAACUUUCUGAGGAGAUUGGUCCUGCCGAUUUUCCUUUUUCUUUUGCUCUCAUGCGAUCAGUGAAUGUGUACUGAUGAUACAGUAAAAGAGAAGAAAUAAUUGCAAUGUUAAUGCAACAUUGUUUGGUUCAAGAAAA